AUUUUUUUUAUUUCUAUGCAAAAAAACUAUUUAAGCAAAAUCAAAGGAAAGGAAAAAUUGAUUGUCAUUGUUGUUUUUUAUCGAUUCAAAUCAAAAAUGCCAGAAAUAAUUAAUCUACAAGCCGGUCAAUGUGGUAAUCAGAUUGGAAUGAAGUUCUGGGAAGAGAUUGCCAAUGAACAUGGUAUUCAAGCAGAUGGUAGCUACAAUGGUGAUCAUCAUUCACAAUUGGAUCGUAUAAAUGUUUAUUUUGAUGAAGCCUCAACUGGUAAAUAUGUACCACGUUCGAUUAUGGUGGAUUUAGAGCCCGGUACUAUUGAUGCUGUACGUGCAAGUUGUGUGGGUCAAUUAUUUCGACCGGAUAAUUUUAUAUUCGGCAAUACUGGUGCAGGCAAUAAUUGGGCUAAAGGACAUUAUACUGAAGGAGCCGAACUGGUCGACUCAGUCAUGGAAAUCAUAAGAAAAGAAACAGAAAAAUGUGAUUGUAUACAAGGAUUUCAAUUAUCACAUUCAUUGGGUGGUGGCACUGGUUCCGGUAUGGGUACAUUGAUAAUGUCUCGUAUCCGUGAAGAAUUUCCUGACCGAAUAUUAACAUCAUUCAGUGUACUGCCAUCGACCAAAGUUUCGGACACUAUUGUCGAGCCAUAUAAUGCUAUAUUAUCGAUUCAUGAAUUAAUUGAAAACACAGAAGAAACAUUUUGUAUCGAUAAUGAAGCUCUUUAUGAUAUUUGUAAUCGUUCAUUGCGAAUGAAAACACCGACUUACAGUGAUCUCAAUCAUCUUGUAUCGAUGACAAUGUCUGGUGUGACUACUUGUCUUCGUUAUCCAGGUCAAUUAAAUGCUGAUCUUCGAAAAUUGGCUGUAAAUAUGGUGCCGUUUCCUCGAUUACAUUUUUUUAUGCCUGGCAUCGCACCACUUACAUCACGUAAUUCGCAAUCUUUUCAAGCUCUUAGUGUACCAGAAUUGACAAAACAAUUAUUUGAUCCGAAAAAUUUGAUGGCUGCAUGUGAUCCACGACAUGGCCGAUAUUUAACAGUGGCAGCCAUAUUUCGUGGCCUUAUAUCAAUGAAAGAAGUAGAUGAACAAAUAAUGAAUAUACAGAAUACAAAUAGUUCAAACUUUAUCGAAUGGAUACCGAACAAUAUCAAAACGGCCGUAUGUGAUAUACCACCACGUGGUCUAACAAUGGCUGCAACAUUUUUAGGAAAUUCGACUGCAAUAAAAGAAUUGUUCAGUCGUAUUGCUGAACAAUAUCAAUCCAUGUUUCGUCGAAAAGCAUUUCUACAUUGGUAUACAGGUGAAGGUAUGGAUAUGAUGCAAUUCGAUGAAUCCAAUUCCAAUGUUAAUGACUUAAUCAACGAAUAUCAACAAUAUCAAGAAUUAACUAAUAAUGAUGAUUUCGAAGAAGAGUGUGAUGUUCAAAUCAUUCAUGAUUGAUAUCGAUUGAUUAUUUAUAUUUAAAG